AGAGCUGGAAUAUACAAGUGCUCAGUCACUCCUGGGUCUGGAUCGCACGUCUCUGCCUGGUUUUUUUUUGUUCCAGGAUUGGGAUUAGGGUGUUUUUUUUUUUUUUUUGGAGGUUCUCAUGGAUGCUCGUGAGUCACAGUAAACUUGUCACUACAUCUUCAAUUUCUUGGUUUCCUGAGAACUCCCCAUAAAGUUUCCGGAGGACACUCCUCAUACUCAUCUCAUUGCAUCACAAUAUUUUACCAUACAGAUACACAGAGAACUGAGAGUCAAACAAAGGGCCCGUCUCAGAAGUUGAAGUGAUAAAAUAGCAAAGAUGCCAAUUCUCAAGCAGCUGGUUGCCAAUCCAAAUGCAUCCAAAAGACGCUCAAGGGCAGACCUCACUGCCGAAAUGAUAAGUGCACCCCUUGGGGAUUUCCGUCAUACCAUGCACAUAGGACGAUCUGGAGAUGCUUUUGGAGACACAUCAUUUUUAAGCAAAGAUGAACAGCCAGAACCAGAAGAGUCUACCUCCAAACCAGGCCUAUUAUCCCGACACUUUCGAAGCAGCAAACGCUCUCUUUCAGUAACUAGGGGUGAUCGAAGAGACAUGCUGGGGUCUUUAAGGGACUCUGCCCUUUUUGUUAAGAAUGCUGUUUCAUUGCCACAGCUUACUGAAAAAGAAUCAGAAAAGGGCUCAAGCAAAAAGAUGCCCAAGAGCCUCUCAUCCAGUCCAGUGAAGAAGAUGCCUGAAGAGCACCACAUUAAUGGGGCCUCUGCACGAAGCCCGGUGCCCAGUCCUGUGCCCAUCUCAGACACUAGCUUAGCAGAGAAAGAAUUUGGAGAAUUAACAGACCUGCCAGACACAGCCCCAAAAAGUAGCUAUGGCAUGAAGCAUGCAGAAUCUAUCAUGUCGUUUCAUAUUGACUUGGGUCCUUCCAUGUUAGGAGAUAUAUUAAGUGUAAUGGACAAUAGUCAGUGGGAGCAGGAUCUUGACCGCAGCCUUGAUGAGACAACCUAUAACCAAAGUUCUGUACCAACUAUAAAGACAAGUUCUUCUUCAGCAAUUCCAACCAUUCAAGCCCAUGAUCAUGGAAGUCUUCCUACGUCUAGCAGAAACCCCAAAAGUCAGCCAACCAAAGAGUCCCAUUCAGUUUCCAGAGCUCCUUCAGGCCCUCCUAGUGAGAAACCGAGGCGAGGAAGGGAGUUUUCAUUUAUGGACGAAGAGGAAGAGGAGGAUGAAAUAAGGGUGUAAAAAGGUCUUACAGUCUACUUCAUAAGCCGAGAUGCAAACCAUGCAUAGAGCGGACAUGCUCGUCCCCGUUUUGAUUUGAGCUUGGUACCACAGGGCUAUUCUGGCAAUAACCCUUUUACCUAUGUGCUCUAUAUAUGCUAUCCAUGGAACCAUGACUGGAGCUCGUAAGCUAUACAAGCACUGCGCCAACAGUUUCAGACCAAGGUUAUUCAUGCUCCAAAGUGACCGAGGGUAGACCCCAUGGAUCUGAGACAUUGCACUCAAACGAGGAACCAUCAAGCCAAACUCUGCAGGUAAUUUUGUGAAGACAAAGAGGAGGAAAUAAACUAUUUCAGGAUAAGCAAGAAGUAUCACUACAAACCCCUAAUAAUUUGUUUACCCUGGAUAUGUUGUUUAAGGUUUCUACAUACCCAUCAGCCAAACUUUGAUGGUUUUGUACCUCGUCGUACCUCCUAAAUCUCCCCUGCUUUGUUGCAUUGUAAGUGGAACACUAAAACCUAAAAUAAAUUUAAAAAAAAGGUGUUUACUGGUCCCAUUAUAGAGACUAGAAAAAGACUAGACUUCUUGGACAUCUGUCGUGCCUGUAAAAUAAAUUCCUUGGAUGAUUUUCCAGCGAUAUCACUGACGUGGUCUUAGGAGUGGCUAUGUACGUGUCAUGUACACUGACAAUCACAUUCUGAUGGUUACCAGCAGAGGGAAGAUUGAAGGGAAGCUACGGAAGAUGAUCUAUCACCAACAACUCCUUUACAAUGCCAAAAUGCUAGAACUUUAUCGAUAAUAUGAUCGCCUGCUGCCGGAUUCUGUACAGCGCCAGUCCUAGAAUUCUUUGCCAAUGAUUAACCAUUACAUUGCCAGUAAAAUGUACAGUUGGAAUAUCUCCUUUAUCAGCAGAGAAUACUUUUUUUUCCUGUGGGAAUUAAUACUAAUCUUUAGAGGAACUUGUAUCCCUAAAAAAAACUUCUUGUGUAUAAGAAGGUACUUUUUGUAUAGUUAUUUAUGGUGCUUGGAGUAAAAUAAAAAAAUACACUAUGCAUC